GUCGCAUUUCGAUUAAGAUAUGGAUAGUCCCGAUUGCCAGAAAUAAUUAGAAUAAUGGGCCAUGGCGUUCAUUUGUUAGUCGUAAGUGAGCAAAAUGCUUAUUCGACAUUUAUUUAUAUUUUUAUGUGUAUACCAAUUAAGUGUUGGAACUGAAAUAAAACAGUAUUUAGAGUUUAAUUUAAAUGAAAGCAAUGGAGUGUGCGGUAAUACAUCUGCUUGGAUACAAGGUUAUGGAAAUGACAAAAUCAGUGCAAUGGUGUUGACUCCCAGUGAAAAAAUUAGUUGCAUAGCAACUGAUAAGCUGUCAAUACCAACUGGAGAAUUGGUAGCUGAAAUAGGUACGCAGUCAGCUUCAACAAAUGAUAGUGUGUCUCUAUUAGUGUAUAAAGAAUUUGGUGAAAAUGAAGAAUUAGCAGGAAGAGCGGACAUUAUCGCUAAAGACAGAAAAUAUUACAAUGGAUUUCAUACACUUAAAAUUGAUGUUAAAGAAAAUAUUGGCUAUGUUGUUCUACUUGGCAGUAUUUCACAAGCAUCUAGCGUAAUCGUUCACUCAGUAUACAUGAUAUCAAAAGAUGCACUUGAACAUAAAAGGAACAGCAAAGACGACGUACCGGUUUUUACUUUGUCACCUUUAUUAUACCUAGCAGCUGCAAGGCCAUCUAGAACAUUAACAAACACAAACAUAAGAGAAUCAACUGAUCCUGACGGGACAGACUCUACCACAGAGUCAACCACUGUAACUGUACCCACCACGACAGAAUCUACUACCACAGAGUCAACCACUUUGACUGUACCCACCACGACAGAAUCUACUACCACAGAGUCAACCACUGUGACUGUACCCACCACGACAGAAUCUACUACCACAGAGUCAACCACUGUGACUGUGCCUACUACCACAGAAUCAACUACCACAGAGUCAACCACUGUGACUGUGCCCACCACGACAGAGUCAACCACUGUGACUGUGCCUACUACCACAGAGUCAACCACUGUGACUGUGCCUACCACGACAGAAUCUACUACCACAGAGUCAACCACUGUGACUGUACCCACCACGACAGAAUCAACUACCACAGAGUCAACCACUGUAACUGUGCCCACUACGACAGAAUCUACUACCACAGAGUCAACCACUGUGACUGUGCCCACCACGACAGAAUCUACUACCACAGAGUCAACCACAGUGACUGUGCCUACUACCACAGAAUCAACUACCACAGAGUCAACCACUGUGACUGUGCCCACCACGACAGAAUCUACUACCACAGAGUCAACCACUGUGACUGUGCCCACCACGACAGAGUCAACUACCACAGAGUCAACCACUGUAACUGUGCCCACCACAACAGAGUCAACUACCACAGAGUCAACCACUGUGACUGUGCCCACCACGACAGAGUCAACCACUGUGACUGUGCCCACCACGACAGAAUCGACUACCACAGAGUCAACCACUGUAACAAUACCCACCACGACUGAAUCGACUACCACAGAGUCAACCACUGUGACUGUACCCACCACGACAGAAUCUACUACCACAGAGUCAACCACUGUGACUGUACCCACCACGACAGAAUCUACUACCACAGAGUCAACCACUGUGACUGUACCCACCACGACAGAAUCAACUACCACAGAGUCAACCACUGUGACUGUGCCCACCACAACAGAGUCAACUACCACAGAGUCAACCACUGUGACUGUGCCCACCACGACAGAGUCAACUACCACAGAGUCAACCACUGUGACUGUACCCACCACGACAGAAUCUACUACCACAGAGUCAACCACUGUGACUGUACCCACCACGACAGAAUCUACUACCACAGAGUCAACCACUGUGACUGUGCCCACCACGACAGAGUCAACCACUGUAACUUUGCCCACUACGACAGAAUCGACUACCACAGAGUCAACCACUGUCACAAUACCCACCACGACUGAAUCGACUACCACAGAGUCAACCACUGUAACUUUGCCCACUACGACAGAAUCGACUACCACAGAGUCAACCACUGUAACUUUGCCCACUACGACAGAAUCGACUACCACAGAGUCAACCACUGUAACAAUACCCACCACGACUGAAUCGACUACCACAGAGUCAACCACUGUGACUUUGCCCACUACGACAGAAUCGACUACCACAGAGUCAACCACUGUAACAAUACCCACCACGACUGAAUCGACUACCACAGAGUCAACCACUGUGACUGUACCCACCACGACAGAAUCUACUACCACAGAGUCAACCACUGUAACUGUGCCCACCACGACAGAGUCAACUACCACAGAGUCAACCACUGUGACUGUACCCACCACGACAGAAUCUACUACCACAGAGUCAACCACUGUAACUGUGCCCACCACGACAAAGACUACCACAGAGUCAACCACUGUGACUGUACCCACCACGACAGAAUCUACUACCACAGAGUCAACCACUGUAACUGUGCCCACCACGACAGAGUCAACUACCACGGAGUCAACCACUGUAACUGUGCCCACCACGACAGAAUCAACCACUGUAACUGUGCCCACCACGACAGAGUCAACUACCACGGAGUCAACCACUGUAACUGUGCCCACCACGACAGAGUCAACUACCACGGAGUCAACCACUGUAACUGUGCCCACCACGACAGAGUCAACUACCACGGAGUCAACCACUGUAACUGUGCCCACCACGACAGAGUCAACUACCACGGAGUCAACCACUGUAACUGUGCCCACCACGACAGAGUCAACUACCACAGAGUCAACUACUGUAACUGUGCCCACCACGACAGAAUCCACAAUUACUGAAACGGACACUGAAACAGUAGUGUCUACCGAUGCAACAACAAUCCAAACUGAGGCUACAGAAACUCCAGAAUUAGAAGAUACAGGGCUAACUCCUUUUACUAUAACAGUUAUUACUUUGGGCUCCGUUUUUGGAGGGAUUGUUGUUAGUUUUGGUGCUUGGUAUUUUGGUGCUUGCAACACUUGUUUUCAAUUUAGCCCAACCACAUAUGAUAUCGCUACAAGUGUUUAAGUAGAUUGCUGAUUGACUGUUUAAGUUACACGUGUCUGGCAAUGUACCUUCAAUUAUUUGUGUUUCUUUUUAAAUCUGUGGCAUGAAAUUUGCAUACCCGUAAUAAGGGUGAAAUAUAUUUUGUACACUACAACUUACAUAAUUGUUAACACCUUAUGUAACACCAUAUUUCAAGCAAAUAAAUGAUUUACCUACAUUACCUUAAAAAAAAAACCUCGUAUUAAUGUAAAAGAUUUGUAAAAGCAUACGUAUUUAAAGUCUUAAUUUGUGUUUAAUGUCUG